AUGACCGACUCGACAGAUAUUGAUGAAAAAAAAAAUCAAACCGUCAUAUCGGUAGAUGUACUUGAAUCAGGCCUGCCCGCUGUGGAACCAUUGGUCGUUAAGGAUAAAGAAGGUAAGGAACUAAGAAGAGCAGAAAUUGUCUCACAACCAGUUACUACAAAAUGGGAACUUUUUGGUUACGCUUUAUAUUAUUUUGCCAAUAAUUCCACUGGACCCUAUACCUAUACUCCAACCGCUUUCCAGAAUAUUUUAAAUCAAGGGGGUUACGAUGCCGAUAAGGGUAAAAGUUUUAGGUGUACUGAUUCAACAACCCGUUGCUAUAUCAACUUUGGGAGCGAUAGAAGUAUUGAUUCUGUUGUUUUAAUUUGUCAAGGUAUCGGAUUUACUUUGCAGACUGUGAUAUUUUUAUUUCUUGGUGGUUUUGCUGAUUACGGGAAUUCUGGAUCUUGGAUUUUAAUUGGCUUUAGUAUUCUAUCCUGGGGGGUCCAAAUUGCUUGGAUUGGAGUUCAUGAUGGUUCUAAAUAUCCUGCGGCUAUAGCUUUGAGUAUAUUGGCGUCAUUUGGGUACCAAGGUUGUCAAUCAUUUUGGACAGCUUUGUUCCCAAGUUUAGCCAGAGGGCUUCCAAAAUCAAGAGAGCUUGAAGGACUAAUGUUGGAUCAAAAAAUCACUGAAGAUGAAUACUAUGCUCACGAUGAACAUUAUAGAAAUAAGAUUUCCAAUUAUAGUUGGGCUUUUUCAAAUGUUGGUAUUUUCACUGUUUCUGCUGUAUCGGUAGGUAUCUUGUUUGGAAUACAUUCAAGGAAAUCCGAAUCUCAAAAUAAUUGGGGGAUAAGCGUUGUUAUUCUUUGGGCGACAUUAUUUUGGAUAGUUUUUGGUAUCCCUUGGUUUUUCAUUCAAAAGAAGAGAAUUAAUCAACAUCUUCCUCCUAACACAAAUUAUUUCACUCUCCCGUUUAAACAAUUAGCUUAUAGUUUUAAAAGCUUUAAGACUUUGAAACAGACUUCUAUUUACCUUUUAUCUUAUUGGCUUCUUGGUGAUGGUUUGAACACUUCCCUCAAUCUUCAAAGCAUUUUGCAGAAUGAUGUCGUUUCGUAUGAUAUGAUAAGUGUGAGUCUUUUGAACUUAUUAAAUGCUGGUUGUUCAAUUAUUGGAGUGUUUGUCUUUUGGUCUAUUCAACAAAAAUAUAAACUCUCAACCAAAACUAUGUUUAUGGCUAAUUCCAUUUUCAUCACUUUUUUACCUCUCUAUGGCUUGAUCGGGACUUGGACUCAAAGGAUAGGUUUUCAUCAUGUUUGGGAAGUUUAUGCCUACAAUGCUUAUCUGGGAUUAUUCAUAAGCCCUUAUUAUGCUUAUAGUAGUACAAUGAUGAGCUGUGUCUCACCUAGGGGUAAAGAAUACUUAUUUUUUGCCAUUUUCAGUACUAUUAACAAAACAUCAAGCUUUAUUGGACCUUUCGUUACGUCUGGUAUCAUUGAUAGGACAAACAACACCAAUUCAGGCUUCUCUUUCACGCUUGCUCUAUGCUUUAUUUCGUGUGUUUUGACAACUUUUAUCAGUGAAAAGAAAUCUAGAAUCGAAUGUGAAGAAUUUUUGAUAGAGGAAGAUCGCAAGAUAAAAAUGGGUGAGCCUUUGGUUUUUUGA